CAGAGGCCCUAGAGCCUACCCUAGACUUGUCUAGAGUGUAGACAGCUGAUCGCUGCAAAAGCGUGCACAUUAGUCUACAAUUUUGCCAGAAUUCGAAAACAGGCACAGUUACUUUCGCUUCAUGUUAUCUCGCUCUGGCAGGAGUUUUAACAAAAUUUUCGUGUUCCAAGCAAGCUCAGGAUACUAUCAGGCAUUGAGAAAAAUGGGCGAUAAAAAGGCGCUGCUUAUUCUUGCUGAAGGAGCUGAAGAAAUGGAAACGGUGAUUACUGCGGAUGUUUUACGACGUGCUGGGAUUAAAGUAACGGUAGGAGGACUGCAUGGUGAAGAUGUCGUCAAAUGUAGCCGUGAUGUUAUGAUCAAGCCCGAUGUCAGCGUGGAAAAGGCCUGGGGCGCUGAGGAUUCUUCAAAUUUUGACGUUGUUAUUUUGCCAGGAGGGAACACAGGGGCAGAAAAUCUUAGGAAGAGCCCUCUGGUAAAAAAGAUUCUGCAAGAGCAGGAAAAGCGAAAUGGUUUAAUUGCGGCCAUUUGUGCUGGGCCAACGGCACUGAAAGAACACGGAAUCGCCAAAGGAAUCUCGGUUACUUCUCAUCCUUCCGUUAAAGAGCAAAUGGUGACCGAUUACAAAUACUCGGAACAAAGUGUCCAAAAAGAUAGGAACGUGAUCACUAGCCGAGGACCGGGGACGACCUUUGAUUUCGCGCUUGCCAUUGUUGAGUCUUUGUUGGGCCAGGAUAAAGUUAACGAAAUAAAAAAGCCGAUGCUUUUGCCGUGAUACCUACGUAAUAUAACACGGUAGUUCUACUAACAGUAAGUAAGCUCUGUAGAAGAAAAAUACAUUGCUGCCGCGCUGUUGGAUCGUUGGUUGCUCUUCGCGAUUUUACACCUUAGCCGGCUUAGCGUAUACAGGGAGAAACAAGAGCUUUCUGCCUCACACCAGAAACUUGUGCCUAUACGUAUUAAUGGUAUUAUUGAUAAUAAAGUUUUACGUUAUUAAAGACUGCGUGAUGACAUUAAGUACUUAUUGUUCGAGUCAGUUCGACUACUUCGAACUUCGAGGUAUACUUACUUCGCAGUAUCGUUGUUCCACUUCAAGUUUUCAACCAUAACGCUCAUGUAAACGUUUCUGAUUUUGCACUCAUGGUCAGGUAAACUACCUGUUGAGUCAAAGUUGCAUUCUUUAUGCUUUGUAAUCCGUAAAUGCAAUGAAAUUUCGCAUCAGCAGAUUAUUGCACAACUUUGAGUAAUUAUUACAAUUGCUCAAAAUCUUUCCCAACCUUUUACUUAGUACACUAACUUUCAUUCCGAGCACUACCUCUGCGGCAGAGAUUGCCCUUUAUGGAAAGACCAGCGGCAACUUCUUACACAGAUAGAGAGACCUGCGAAACAGUCGAAAAUUUCUUCAAAACGGCAGCGUCCAAAUCUGCGAAGAAAAACCGGCACAACAUCGCCAAAAAUUCUUCGGAAAUUCGAUUUUAUAACAGCUGGUUCUGCUUGAAAUGAAGCAGCAAUGACAGCUGUUAACGAAAAAACGGCAGUUCCGGAAAUAAUUUUGAUGUGGAAAAAGUUGAGAAAUAGAAUUUACAAGUGCAGGCAGAUAAAGGUAGUUUCCGAAAAGAUAGUGUAACGAAUGAAAUGUAGUGCACAGAGUAAAAGGUAGUAGUGAAAGGUAGCGUACAGAGUGAUCACCUAACAAUUUUAAAGUUU